GGCGUGAACGAGACCAUAUGAAAGACGACAGCCAAGUGCCCUGCAUACCGUUCCAUGAACUUUGGAACCCCAGGGAUAUCUGGAAGGGAGCAUCGAGCCAGAUGACCGAUACCUCCCCAAACAGGGCCCCCUUUGUUCUCGGCACACCGGAGGGGAUAUAAGGCAGCACACGCGAGGAGAGGACACGGUGUGAUGUCUCCGAGUCCGCCGGCCGCCAAGGACUCUUCCCUCCGUUCCCGGGUUCCCCACGGAUCCAGACCCCCGGAGGAGCAAGGAUGGAACUGUCUCCGGACACGUCGCGCCCACCCGUGGUACGGGUCAACGGCAUCCCUCUCAUCAAAUACUUCGCUGAGAACUUGGGGGCACUGGAGAGCUUGCGGGUCCAGCCCAGUGACCUCCUUGUCUCCACCUACCCCAAAUCCGGCACCACGUGGGUGAGCGAAAUCCUCGACAUGAUCUACCAGGGAGGAGACCUAGAGAAGUGCCAACGAGCGCCUGUCUUCUUACGGGUGCCAUUUCUGGAGUUCAGCAUCCCGGGGAUGCCCUCAGGCAUGGAGACCUUGAAGGACACUCCCUCCCCACGUCUACUCAAGACACACCUGCCCUUGGCCUUGCUCCCCAAGGUCUUGCUGGAUCAGAAGGUCAAGGUCAUCUACAUAGCUCGAAACGCCAAGGACGUGGCCGUGUCCUACUACCAUUUCUAUCGAAUGGCUAAAGUGCACCCCGAUCCGGGCACUUGGGAGACCUUUCUAGAGGCAUUUAAAGCCGGGCAAGUUUGUUACGGGUCCUGGUACCAGCACGUCCAAGACUGGUGGGAACUGAGGAAGCAGCAACCGGUCCUCUACCUCUUCUUCGAAGACAUAAAGGAGGAUCCUAAGCGGGAGAUCAGAAAGAUCAUGGAGUUCAUAGACCAGCCUGUCUCGGAGGAGAUAUUGGAUCGGAUUGUCCAGGAGACAUCCUUCAAGAAGAUGAAGCAGAAUCCCAUGACCAACUACAGCUCUGUCCCUUCUCAUAUCAUGGACCACGAGGUCUCCCCCUUUAUGAGGAAAGGCACCCCCGGGGACUGGAAGAACCACUUCACGGUGGCCCAGAAUGAACUGUUCGAUGUCGACUACGCAGAGAAAAUGGCGGGCUCGGAGCUGCACUUCCGCACCGAGCUGUGAGGAGCCACGGAAAAACACAGUAACCCCCCUUCGUCACCUGCGUCUCGAGGCGGCGGCGGCUUCCUCCCGGCUAGCGGGGAAGGAGUCGGCUGCUGACCUCACCGCAGUCACAGCCACAAUAAAUGCCAGCGUAGCUCCAGAA